GCGGCGAGGGGUGGGGCAGCGUCGGAGCGAAGACAACAAAGGGUGGCGGGUGGCGGGCAGCGGGCGGCGGGUGGCGGUGACCGCGUCUCCUGGUGCUCCGCUCAGGCCGCGCACCCGGACCUGCCAGCCCCGCUCCAGAUGAAGUGUGAGCACUGCACGCGGAAGGAAUGUAGUAAAAAAACAAAAACCGAUGACCAAGAGAAUGCAUCAGUCGAUGUACCAAGUCCAGCCCACGAGAAUGGAGAGAAAGGAGAAUUCCAUAAAUUGGCUGAUGCCAAGAUAUUCCUGAGUGACUGCCUGGCCUGUGACAGCUGUGUUUCUGCAGAGGAAGGAGUCCAGGUUUCCCAGCAGAACGCCAAGGACUUCUUCCGAGUUCUGAACCUUAACAAGAAAUGUGAUACCUCAAAGCACAAGGUGCUGGCAGUGUCAGUAUGUCCUCAGUCUCUGCCUUAUUUUGCUGCUAAAUUCAGCCUCAGUGUGACUGAUGCAUCCAGAAGACUCUGUGGCUUCCUCAAAAGUCUUGGGGUGCAUUAUGUCUUCGAUACAACAAUCGCUGCAGAUUUCAGCAUCCUGGAGAGUCAAAAAGAAUUUGUGCGUCGAUUCCGCCGGCACAAUGAGGAAGAGCCCACGUUACCCAUGCUGACCUCUGCCUGUCCUGGCUGGGUCCGAUAUGCUGAGCGGGUGCUAGGUCACCCUGUCACCCCCCACCUCUGCACUGCCAAGUCUCCCCAGCAGAUUAUGGGAUCCCUGGUGAAGGACUACUUUGCCAGACGGCAGAACCUGUCCCCAGACAAGAUUUUCCAUGUCAUCGUGGCCCCUUGCUAUGAUAAGAAGCUGGAGGCCCUUCAGGAAGAUGUUCUCACGGCUUCGAGGGGUUCCCGGGGCACUGACUGCGUGCUAACCUCAGGUGAAAUCACUCAGAUGAUGGAACAAAGUGACCUCUCGGUGAGAGACGCUGCUCUGGACACUCUGUUUGGAGACAUGAAGGAAGAGGAGGUUAGACGCCAUGACGGAGCCAGCUCCGACGGAUACCUGGCGCACAUCUUCAGACAUGCGGCCAAGGAGCUGUUCAACGAGGACGUGGGGGAGGUCACCUACCGCACCCUGAGGAACAAAGACUUCCAGGAGGUCACCCUCGAGAAGAGCGGGGAGGUUCUCUUGCGCUUUGCUGCUGCUUAUGGCUUUCGAAACAUCCAGAACGUGGUCCUAAAGCUGAAGAAGGGCAAGUUCCCGUACCACUUUGUGGAGGUCCUCGCCUGUGCCGGGGGGUGCCUUAACGGCAGAGGCCAAGCCCAGACCGAGGAUGGGUGCAUGGACAAGGCCCUGCUGCAGAAGAUGAAAGGCAUCUACACUGACAUCCCCGUGCGGCUCCCGGAGACCAGUUCCCAUGUGCAGGAGCUGUACCAGGAGUGGCUGGAUGGCACCGACUCCCCCCGAGUCCAGGAAGCCCUGCAUACCGCGUACCAGGGCCCAGGGCAUCCUGCUAACAGCCGAGACAUCAAGUGGUGAAGGUCGAGGAGGCUGGGAGGCAGGCCUGUCUGCUGCCUGAGGAUGGAGGAGCUGCCAUGUAUGGGUAUCAGAGACACUGGAAGAAAAUAGCUCAGCUUUUCUCUUACUACUUUGGUUUUUCAGAAUUCUUUGCCACCCCCAUUUGUCAGCAGCCCCCUCCCUCAGUUCGAUGAGGUGCUAUCUUCGUAAUAUGUAUGUGAUUGGAAUAUUUUAACGUGAGAGAAGGGUGCCCCAAUUUGAGUUUCCUUUAAGACUGAAAAAUUCCAAAGAACAAGAAUGGAGUCAGAGUACUGUCUUCUGGGCUUAGUGAAAAUCCAGAAAGUGUCCUGUGAACAGCUAAGACCCCAGAAAUUCUGAUACACAUGCCUCAGACAGAUUUGAUGUGGAAAUGACAGGAAGUGGGCAGGGUGCGGGGGUCUAUGGUCUGCCCAGUUGGCUCUUAUUUUUAUCCACUUAUUUUAUUCUUAAAAAUGUUUUUGCCAGAAUGUGAAUAAACUGCAUCCUUUAGGAAUCAGGGGGCUCAUAAAUAUGAAUCUGGAUUUUCAGCUUUUCUGGAGAAAAAGUUCUGGCAACAGUGGGCCACAUUCCUUACUGCUGUGGUGUCCAGAGUGCUGUGUAACAGCCGCCUCCUGGGACCAGACCCUCUAACUGUGGCCCUGCAGGCUCUGCAGCUUAUGUCCCAAAUUCACGCUUUCACAUUCACAUUCUUUAAGUGAACUCACCUUGAGGCAGAGGGAGGCCUGCGAAGGGUGAUGGGUGUUACAGAUGGAAGGAUGGAGAGGCAGCUGCCCUGCUCAGGCUAGGCUGUGUGGUCGGCAGUCAGCCUCCUCCAUCCUUCCCUGGGUGGGGUCAGGCAGGUGACGGCCCUUCUGACCCUGAACUUGGGUGAGGCAGCUUCCUGAUGGUCCAGCCUCUCCUCGUUCUCCUUCCCGGUGUCCUUCCCACACACCGUGGGCCUGGCUCGUCCACAGGGCUCGGUGAAGCCUCCGUGGCUCCUGACGGGACUCCCCCACCUGGCAUGUAGUGCUCAUGUGAGCUCGCCUUAAAGAAAGGUGGAAGAGAGCAGUUUACCCACAAACAGAAAGGGCUAGCAAAGAAUUGGAAAUUAUGGAAUCAUGGAACUCCAUGUCAGGGCUCAUCCUGUGAAACAAAGACUUCUGUGGAUAGGCCUCCAGUUGGUUGUUCAAAGCACUUGAAUUUUGUUAUCAUGGGUGGUGACAUUCUUCUUGGAUCCCUCAGUGCUGUAAGCCUGAGCUGUUAGAUUUCCUUCAUCUACUCUAUGUUGUAUUGUACCUGUAUACCUAUCUGGGUUGACAACUGGAUAUAAUGUGUGAAAUUGUAUAUUUUUUCCUUUUAACCUAUAUACAAUUGAGUUUCUAUCCUCUACAGUAACUGAUUAUGGAAUAAACACUUGAAGAGUGUCUGAGUG